AUGGCCAUUGUGGCAGGUGUAAAAGACCGGCUCCGGUGGUACGAAGGCCGUUCGCAGUCGCACCGCGACGACCAAGGCAGGCAGCCGAGGCGUGUGGGCACUCACCGGGGGUUGUGCCGCGACGGUCGGGACAGCGAGCCCCAGAGGGUUCCGCUGAAGGAAAAGGGACAGAACGCGGGGAACCCGCCUCCUCCGCUCGAGCCUGCUGCAUCCCCGCACACCGGCACGAAAACACCCCCGAGGGCGCAGCACCUCCCAGCCCGCCCCCGCCAGCUUCCCGCUCCCGAAGUUUCCUUCGGGGAAGCCCGGCGCGGGCACCAGCCGCCAGCUGCGGGGGCCGGCUCGGCGGGGCGGGGCGGGCGGGCGGCGCUAGGGCCCGGCGGGGCGCGGCGCCGCCGGCGGGGGCGGGGUGGGGGCGGUAGCGGCGGCGCGGGCUGCGGCUGCCUCCGGCUGCCUCCCGCUGCCUCCCGCCGCGGGGCGCGGAGCGGGGCGGCCGCGGGGAGCGCCCAUCACCCCGCGGCGGCGCGGGAGCGCAGGACGCGGACGGAGGUAACGGCGGGGGCGUUUCGCGGUGUCAUCGGGAGCGUGCGCGGGUGCCCGCCCGCCCGCCCGCCCGGGCUCGCCGCUGUCGCCGCGCCCCGUCCCUCCCGGGCCGGGGAGCCGCGGCCAAAGUUUUGGGGCCUCUGGACCGGCGGGUGCCGCCGGCGGGCGGCGGCGCCGCUCCGGAGCGUUAGUGGGGGCUGCCCCGCGCUGCUGCCGCCGUCCCGCCGCCGAGCGGCCGGGCCAGCGACGGGCUGUGGGGAAGGGUAG